GGUGUGAGGAAGAAAGGAAGGAAGGAAGGAAGGAUCCAUGGACAUGAUCUCCAACACCACCAGCAACGCUACUGCGCCAUCUGCUCAUCUCCAGAACAAGCAGGAGGCGGCGAUGGUGGCAUCACCGGCUAGGGAGGAAGCUGUUGCAGCUAGGAACGUCAAGGCCAAGCAGGCACGGCAGCAGCAGGCGGCGAGCGAGGAGCGUAAGCCGCGGCCUCAGCAUGACCAGGCGCUCAACUGCCCGCGCUGCGACUCCACCAACACCAAGUUCUGCUACUACAACAACUACAGCACGACGCAGCCGCGCUACUUCUGCAAGGCCUGCCGCCGCUACUGGACGCAGGGCGGCACCCUUCGCAAUGUCCCCGUCGGCGGCGGCUGCCGCAAGAACAAGCAUAACCGCGCCGGGGGAUCCGGCGGAUCCUCCUCCUCCUCGGCACCAUCUGCAUCGUCCUCCAGCUCCAGCGGCUGCAAGAAGGUGAACAUCACGCAACAACUGAUGACGAUGAUGCCUGCUGCUGCCGCUGUGACUGCCGACUUCCCCAACGUGCUCCCGACGUUCAUGUCUACAGGCGGCGGCUUCGAGCUCCCCAGCUGUGACCGCCACCUGCCUUUCGCGCCCUUGUCAUUGUCGCCCAACCCUGGCUCGUUCCUGGACAUCCUGAGAGUAGGGUUUCUUGACGGCAGCAGCAGUAACAACUAUGGCACCGGAAGCAAUAUUAAUAAUGGGAUGGUGCUGCCAUUUCUUCCGCCGUCGCCGUUUGGUGCGAUGCAGCAUGGGCAUGGGAUGAUGGGUGACCAACAGCUGGUGGGGGCCCUGCAGGGUGUGGAGGAAGUGAAGCCCGUGGCUACUGAGCAUGGGAAUAUCAACUGCGAUGGUGGUUUAUUUGGUGGUGGAUCGUCAAGUGGAGGAGCAGCGCAGCAGGAGCAGCAAGUUGUUGGUGGUGAUGGUGGUGGCAGCAGCAGCAACAACAACAGUAACAGGGCCGCUGAGUACUACUGGCAAGGAGACCUCAUCAGCAACAGCUCCCUCGUCUAA